CUUUUGUGAGAAGUUCUUGGGAAAAGACCACUAUUUCUUUGUUGGUGGUGGUGGUGGUGCUGCUCAGACUGGUGUACCUAACUAUAUAAAAGUAGUAGAUUGGAGAGAUGACCGUUGUAUGAUUGUCGAUGAAAAGCAAUUAGUUGAUGUUCCAACUAGUGCUUGUGUCUUCAAGAAUUAUCUUUGUGUCGUCGUGGGUCCAGACAUUUGCUUCUUUUCAGUCACAAAAGAGAAUACUUUGUGUUGGCAAAACAAGUUUCAACCUGACAGCAAUUUGCAAGUUCGGCAGACAAUUGUUUCUUGUAGUGUCGUAUCCAAUCUAUUGGCGGUGGGCAAUGAUGAAGGCCGUAUUAGAAUAUAUUCUUUAGAUUCAACCUGGACGGAUUGUCGACCUCCUCAGACGGUGUUGGUGCAUCAGAAGAGUGUAGCUGAUAUCCAUUUCUCACAAGACGGUUCUCUUCUUGUCAGCGUUUCUUUGGACCGCAGCUGUUGUGUUUGGAAUAGUCGAACUGGUGCCAAGAUUAUCACUUUGGAUAGUCCACCGGUACGUCGUUAUGGUAUCAAAGCUCACUUUCGUUGUUGUCAGUUUUCAUGUGUUUCUGUUGUUGAACCCGGUUUAUUAUAUACUGUCGAUGUCUCAUUGGAUAGCGGUUCUUUUAUAAGUGGUUGGAGAAUGGAUACUUGGCAACCCUUAUUUUGUAGAAAGGUCUCACGUGAUCCUGUUACUUUUAUGUCGACAUGUUCUGUAUCAGGACUUGAAUACAUUGCAGUGGGUACCAAUGAAGGAGAUGUUAUGAUUUGGAUUCACAAUCCCUAUCAAGUUCAAGGUCUUUUGAGAGACGCAAGUGAACCCAAAAGAACAAGCUCAUUAGUUAUCAUUGAAAAAGACAAUAUCUCCACUCAAGGAUGGUUAUCUCUUAUCAAUACGACACAAGUUUCAAAUCUAUCACUUUAUCGCUUUUAUAGAAAACAUCCGUUGCAAUUUUUGCCAGUGACUGGUUUGAGUUGGUCAACCUCUCAUCAGAAAAACUCCAAGUCAUCUAUAGCAACGUUGCUGGUGACUUGUGCCGAUGGUUAUUUGAGGAUAUUUGAAAUAUUUCCGCAACGAAAUGACUCAAUGACAAAUGUAUACUGGCUAUUGUUACCAUUUUGUGUAUUCCUGUUGGCUCUCUUUUAUUCAUUAUUGUGGUCGCUAUGACAAUAUUCUUCUGGAAUAAUAAACAAUAGUUCAAACCG